AUGUGUUCGAACAUAAAGUGUUUCGUCGCCGAUACUUUGGACACUCUGGUGGAAAGCCACAGAGCCGUCGCGGUAAUAGCGGCGGUGGUGCUACUCAGCAUAAUCAUUCCUCUCGUAACGAAGGCGGUGCACAACAAGUCGGAGACGAAGGUUCUGAAAAACAUCCUGAGCACAAUGACGUCACCAACUUCAUCGGUAUGCUUCAGGCACGAACGUCUCUCCAAAACCGAAAUAAAAGCGGAGAAUAAAAAGAACUUCUUUCAGAGGAUAUUUCGGCCUAAACAGCCUGCGACGGGUGUGAUUAAGAAAUCUUCCGAGCAG